CCAAGAUGGCGGACUAAGCGGCGUGGCUUUCCGGAGAAGUUUCACAUUUACGAUCUUAUAGAUUCAAAAAUAGCAUCAAAUACCUCAACUAUUCGCCUUUUCUUAAGCCCAGGAAACGGACUUUGAGUGUGGAGCGAUGGCGUGUUAUGUGAAGUGAAGAUUGAAGACGUGAUAGAAGAUGGACGACUACUGCUAUGCUAAGAUGGCGACGUCCGCUAAAAGAGAACAUGAAAGAGAAUCAACUUCCAGCAAAUCAACAACGGAGAUAAAGACGAAAGAUGAAGACGUCCAGCAGCUGAUCGGUAAUCCAGAAGAAGUUUCCCCUCAGUUAGGGGGGAGCUCCACUUUGAAGCAGGAGACUCCACAACCACCCUGCAUUAAAAAGGAAGAGGAGGAACUCUGCAUCACUCAGGAGGGAGAGUGUCUUCUAGGACGAGAGGAAGCUGAUUACACCAAGUUUCCACUGAAUAUUCUCUCUGUGAAGACUGAAGAUGAUGAAGAGAAACCACAAGACGAAGACGAGGUUGAAGAACUUUUUAGCAGCGAUAAAGACUGUGAAGGUGAUAUGAGGACUCACACUGACAACAAACACUCUGAAUUCUCUACAAAGAAGAGAGACGUCCAGCAGCUGAUCGGUAAUCCAGAAGAAGUUUCCCCUCAGUUAGGGGGGAGCUCCACUUUGAAGCAGGAGACUCCACAACCACCCUGCAUUAAAAAGGAAAAGGAGGAACUCUGCAUCACUCAGGAGGGAGAGUGUCUUCUAGGACGAGAGGAAGCUGAUUACACCAAGUUUCCACUGAGUAUUCUCUCUGUGAAGACUGAACAUGAUAAAGAGAAACCACAAGUAGACAACCUCUCAGCUCCACUAUCAGAUAGUGAGGCAGAAGACGAGGUUGAAGUAACUUUGAGCAGCGAUACAGACUGUGAAAGUGAUAUGAGGACUCACACUGACAACAAACACUCUGAAUGCUCUACAAAGAAGAGAGGUAAAACAUGUUUAAGCUGCUCAGUUUGUGCUGAAAGUUUUACGAAAAAGAGCCAUUUGACUCAACACAUGAGAAAACACACAGGAGAAAAACCUUUUAAUUGUUCAGUUUGUGGAAAAAGCUUUUCUCAAAAUAGCAAUUUGACUCCACAUAUGAGAACACACACAGGAGAAAAACCAUUUAAUUGUUCAGUUUGCGGCAAAAGGUUUUCUCUAAAUUGCAGUUUAACUGAACACAUGAGAACACACACAGGUGAAAAACCAUUCAAUUGUUCAGUUUGUGGCAAAAGUUUUUCUCAAAAUUGCAGUUUGACUGAACACAUGAGAACACACACAGGUGACAAACCAUUUAAUUGUUCAGUUUGUGGCAAAAGCUUUUCUCAAAAUGUCAAUUUGACUCAACACAUGAGAACACACACAGGUGAAAAACCAUUUAAUUGUUCAAUUUGUGGCGAAAGCUUUUCUCGAAAUUACCGUUUGACUCAACACAUGAGAACACACACAGGUGAAAAACCAUUUAAAUGUUCAGUUUGUGGCAAAAGCUUUUCUCAAAAUUGCCAUUUGACUCAACACAUGAGAACACACAGGUGAAAAGACAUGUAAAUGUUCAGUUUGUGGCAAAAUCUUUUAUCAAAAUACCUCUUUGACUCAACACAUGAGAACACACACAGGUGAAAAACCAUUUAACUGGUC